AUGCGGAUCAAGAAAAAUGUCCCCAAGAUCGACAGGAAGCGAGACUACGACAUGAAGCUUUGCAAGUUGCUGAAUGAGUACUACAGUGUGCUCAUAGUGGAGGCAGACCACGUCGGCUCCACCCAGCUCGCGGCCGUCCGCAGGGGCAUCCGCGGCGAGUCGGAGCUGCUCAUGGGGAAGAACACCCUCAUCCACCGCUGCAUCAAGGUGCACGCCGAGGCGACGGGCAACGACAAGAUCAAGGCUAUCAUACCGCUACUCGAAGGAAACGUCGGUCUCAUCUUCACCAAGGCUGACUUCAAGAAGGUUCGCGAGGAGGUCGCCAAGUACAAGGUUGGGGCCCCUGCUCGUGUUGGGCUGGUUGCUCCUAUUGAUGUGGUGCUUCCCCCUGGCAACACUGGUCUGGAUCCCUCCCAAACUUCUUUCUUCCGUGCUUAA